GGUUAUAUCCCAUGCUCACAGGCAGACGGCGAAAAACAUUGACGGACUUUACUACAGAGACUUGUUCUUUCGCAAACUUAAUACAAACUAUUUAAACUUUGCUAAAAAAUCAACGAUUCAACUAUUUAUAGCGGUGAGUUAUGUGAGGGAUAUGAGGAAGAGACAUUGAGCUCGUUUUUGUUACUUGGCUAUCUUAAAUUAAAUGUAGAAGUAAACAACUAUUACGUUGUAGACAAAUACAUAGGAGAAAUAAUGCUGUGUUCUUACCGACUUGUUGUAAAAUUUAUUUAAAAUAGUAUAUGCUACAGUUAACAUUUUACCGACGAUUAUAAAAUCUUUACGUAUAUUUAAAUGCAUUCACUUGCGCUAAUUUAUUUUUUUUUCCACGGGGACGACGAAUAAUUUGGCCUUUGGUUGUGCUCUAAAUUUUAGGAUUAUUUUUCAUUUCAAUAUAUACGUGUUUUGAUGUAGCAAAAAUAUCCUUUGUCUUUAAAUGUCUAUAUUCUUUGUUUCUUAAGUAUACUUUUGCUAUAAUUUUUUUAUUAAAAUAUAGCCUAUGCUAAAUAUAUCCGUUGUUUACAAACAGCUGUCAGUCUUUUGCGCAAACAAUUUUUACCGUUAUAUGUCAAUAUAGUUUAGUGAUUGCACGUUAGUGGCAGACUUUCAACAUAAUACCAUAGGAAUACACAAAUAAAUUAAUAAACAAAGGAAUAAAUCCGGCAGUUAUUAGUAGUCUUGUUCCAUAGUGUAACGCUUCUCGCCGCGUACGGCCUAUCGCUGUGCCACAUUAACGCUGACUCUGUAUUAUGGAGGUUCCGGUAGGAUUAGGAGGAGUUUCUGACUCCACAGAUACCAUUUUCCGCGGACCUUAUCGAAGCGUUUUCCAUAACGUGCGAGUAGCGUUCCAGAGUAAUAGCGAUAUCUUGGAAAGCUUCGACUUUCCAAAUUCAAAGCAUAGUUUCCUGCAGAAGAGUCGCCUCUGGGAAAUGCGCCAGACUAGCAAAGAGUUACCCUGUAAAGGAUUAUGUUAUGGGACGUCUCAUAAUUCCGAUACCGAAGUAAAGGAAACUGAAAGUACUAGGAUAUUCAGAGACCCCGAUUCUGAAACUAGUAGCAUUAACUUUGCAAAAACCAUAUUAGAUUACAAAAGUGAUCUUUCAGUGCUCGACUCCACCGAUAAUGCAGAAAAUAAUGCCUCCGAUGUCUAUUCUGACUCCAACUCCUCUAACGCGGAACAAAACCCAUGUGUACCAACUGCGCCUCAGCAUAGAGCUGAAAUAAAUCCCAACAGUGACGCUGGUGUCGGGAUCAGUUGCUCUGAGUCCGCUUGCACAACCAUCUCAGAAACAGCAAAGGAGCUUUUCAGAGCCGUUUCUGUGUCUCUUGGUCUGAACUUGGACUCAAAUGAGAUGAAUGAUCCGGGACCCAGUCAAGCUUCUUGUCUUGAAAAUGACCGAAGAGAAGAACAUUAUUUGUUUGAAGUGCCUUUCAUGGACCGUGCAGUGGCUGGAUCAAGUACUGUGGCAGAUUACAAAUGCGCGGAGACACACGGUGGACAAUCAAUGCAGAAUUACGAGGAAAGAAGUGUUCCUCUAAACCAGUUGAAGAAUGAUGCCACAUAUCUCGGUUCUAUCAGUUCUAAUGGAAAUGGGCAAAUGCUAAGCCUGACUUCCAAGGAGGGUAUGAAUGGUACCAGCUCUGUCUCCAGUCAGUUCGACCACCUGUUGCCAGCAAACUUGGCACAUUACAGUCACGCAGAUCCAUCAGCGGAUCUUAGCGGCGUCUCCUCUCAUUUUACUUUUAAAACUUCAGCGUUCACCAGUGAUCAGCGAUCGAACAUAAAAGACAGAUGUUUCGACUACUUAGAGCAUAGCGUCAAGGUAAAGUCAGAGGGAAUGGACAGCGAAGACAGAGAAACGUGGGGUGACCAGUACACGUAUAACGAAAAUGGCAGUACGCAGUGUGGACAAUCUGGGCUUCGUCUACCUGCAUAUAAUACCGGGCCAAGUCAUUCCUUUGCUUGCAAUCCGUUUGAAUACGGACGAGGUGGGCUUGUUUCGCGGGAGAGAGCAGCGCCUGAGCCGUGGCACCCCGGCGGCAUGUUAGAUAGAAUGCCCUACACCAGUUCUUCUUGUCUGAAGAACGAGGUCACAGACUGGUUGGAAAUACCUUACUCGGAUAUAAGGUUUGACAGUGGAAGGGAACAUGUGUUCCCCAUGGAAUUCUUCUUCCCACCCCAGCGGACCUGUCUAAUCUGUGCAGAUGAAGCAUCUGGUUGCCACUAUGGGGCCCUAACAUGCGGCAGCUGCAAAGUCUUCUUCAAGAGAGCUGCUGAAGGGAAGCAGAAGUACUUGUGUGCCAGCAGAAAUGAUUGCACUAUUGAUAAGCUAAGAAGGAAGAACUGCCCAUCGUGCCGCCUAAAGAAGUGCUUCGAGGCCGGCAUGACACUGGGAGCUCGCAAGUUGAAGAAGAUUGGACAACUGAAAUCCCUAGAAGAUUCACCGAUGCAGAGCCCAAUGGAUGCCAUUCAGUGUUUCUCUCCCAAGUGCAGUCUGAACUUCCCCACUCAGGUGGCGUUCCUUAACGUCCUUGAGGCCAUUGAGCCUGUGGUGGUCAAUUCUGGACAUGACCAUGCACAGCCGGAUUCUGCUGCCUCUCUCUUGACCAGUCUGAAUGAACUGGGGGAGCGACAGUUAGUCAAAGUUGUGAAAUGGGCCAAGGGACUACCAGGAUUUAGGAAUUUGCACGUAGAUGACCAAAUGACCAUCAUCCAGCACACUUGGAUGGGAGUUAUGGUGUUUGCCUUGGGAUGGAGGUCCUACAAGAACUUGAAUGCCAGGAUGCUUUAUUUUGCCCCUGACCUUGUAUUCAAUGACCACCGCAUGCACAUCUCAAGCAUGUAUGAGCACUGCAUCCGGAUGAGACACCUGUCCCAGGAGUUUGUCCUGCUCCAAGUCACACAGGAAGAGUUUCUUUGCAUGAAAGCACUGCUGCUCUUCAGCAUCAUUCCAGUUGAAGGUCUCAAAAGUCAGAAGUAUUUCGAUGAACUGAGGACAGCCUACAUCAAUGAACUUAAUCGCCUCAUUAACUACAGGAGAGACACAAACUGCUCUCAAAGAUUCAUCCAGCUCACUCAACUCAUGGAUUCCCUCCAACCGAUUGUCAGAAAGCUUCAGCAGUUUACAUUUGACCUUUUUGUCCAAGCCCAGUCCCUUCCUACAAAGGUCACCUUUCCAGAGAUGAUAUCGGAGAUCAUUUCUGUGCAGGUGCCAAAAAUCCUUGCUGGCAGGUCUAAGCCAAUCCUGUUUCACAAGUUGCAGGAUUCUUGAGAACUUAUCAAGACAGCAGCUUACUGCCUAUUAGCUUUGGAUAACUUGAAAAAGGUUUUCUUUUGUAUUUUUCUGGUUUUUAAAUUCAAUGACUUGGUGUACCAUUAAGAUUCAACAAAAAUACAUUAGCAGCUAUAACUGAGGUGUACUUUAGAAGGUACCAUUUGAUUUAGAGCUUGUCCAAACAUAAUCUCAAUGCAUGUUUAAAAUUGCUAUGCUCUGCAAUUCACCUGAGGAAACUGAAAUGAAAAAGUACAAUUGUUGAACUAACUCUAUGAAACUGUCAGUCACAGGUAUACACAUCUAUGCAUUUCUUUAUGUCUGAUGGUUUUUCUGUAAUAACAAUUGCUUCACUAAACUUAGUCACAUCCAAGACAGUAUAGUGCCAUCUGAACUGCUUUGCCUGAAUACAUUUUCUGACAACAUACACAAAUAUGUAUUAAAGCAUAUCAAUACUGUAUAUAUUUAAACAUGUACAAAGUGGUUGGGGGAAUGAUAACUGGUUCUAAACUUUCUGCUACAUUUGUGGUACAGAUUCAGUACUUUUUUCCUUUUCAAAAAUCUUGAAUUACUUGAAUUAGAAUCAUAUAGAUUUUAGUGGCAAGUAAAAUAUGUCUUCUUAAAAUCUACUUGCAGUGUACCAUUAGGUUUACGUGCAUCCAAAGAUCAUUCUAUAUAAAGAUCAUGUGAGUUGACUGUCACAAUGACAAAAAAAAUUACACAUAUUAAUGUAGCCAGACUCUUAAGAACAAUAGUUGUAAUGUCUCCCAAUUCAGUUUCAAUAUAACACAACAAACUUUUGAACAACUGCAUGCACCUAUAUCACAGUGUGUUCCUGUGUUUUAGCAUGCUUUCAUGGAUAUAGUUUAAGUAAUUAAACAAGCAGGUAUGCUGCUUUGACUUUAAAAAUAUCUUUUUUUUUUCUUUUUUUUAAACAUCGAGAAAUUGAGAUUGUCUGUAUAGGUAUGCAGGCAUUUAAUGAUAUGCCGUAGUACUCUUACAUGGUGUUACUGUUAUUCCAAAAGGUCAUACUUUGGAAAAACUAGGUAUUUUUAUAGUAACAGUUAUAAUACACUGUCUAAAACUUUCGAUAUCCGGCUGUGUCUUUUGGAUUUUAAAUGAAUCUGCAUGUACGACAAUAAGUUUAAUAAUUCAGAUUCUUGUAAAGUACAGAUGUGAUAACUAAUAACUGUUAUUGUUGUCAUCUUGCAGCAUCUUAAUAAACAAGCCUCCUGUCAUCUGAA